UCUUGUGUCGAUUCUGACAUUAUCCGUCACCACUCACAUCACUGAGGAGUUUUGGUGGGAUGCGACAAGUUGCUUGCGUCGGGCUCGGUGUGGGAGAAAUAGAUAGAGGAGCAGACAGGCAGGCAGGCAGGCAGGAGAGCGCUCGUCCAACCGGAGGGGAGGGGGGAGACGCAUUCUCCCCGAGUACACACACAAGCAGCGGCCACAUCCACUGUAGACAAAUCCGUGUUCAGUGACGUGUUUUGUAUCAGCCUUUUUUUUUUUUUUAAUGCAACCCUUUUUCCAUCACUGGCUGAUUUAAAUUUAACCAGGAAUUGAGAACCAAGUCCCUCGCGUGCUUCUUAUUUAUCAACUCUAUUCAUCCCCCUUUUCUAUUUAUUUAUUUUUGCCUCGAUAGACCCGUUAUUCAGCUCAUCCACCGUCCACCCCCUGUCUUCUUUUUCCCUCCAUCUCCUCGCUGGGAGCGCGACGCGCUGCGAAUAUCUGAAAUUAAAAAAAAAAAAGCCUGCAGCAGCAGAGCGGUGACCAUGGUGCAAGUUUUCUGCUAGCAGAGGACGGACGGAGAGCGGGACAGCCGUCCAAGAUACAACCUCCACCAGCAACAGCUUUCCAGUGAGAAAGAAAGACAGAGAGAGAGAGAGAGCAAGAGAAAGAGGCAAAAAGAGAGCACAAGUGCAAGAAGGAGAGAGGGGAGCGGGUGAAAACAGUCGAUGGAUGCUGUCCGGAUUGAGGGGACAGCACGUUCUUCACUGACGAGGAAAAGAAAGAUUUCAAAAUUGAGUCGAAGGAUAGAAACUCGCCGUCAGGCAUGGUGUGUGAGAAGGGGAUCCAGAUCCUCCUCACCACCGUGGGGGCAUUCGCUGCCUUCGGCCUGAUGACGGUGGCAAUAGGGACGGACUACUGGCUGUACUCCCGUGCCCUCAUCUGCAACAGCACAGCCAAUGUUACCCAGGAUGACCCCCAUAACAAGGACAAGAAGGAUCCUGGGGCGCUCACCCACUCUGGACUGUGGAGGAUAUGCUGCCUGGAAGGAGUAAAGCGAGGAGUGUGUUCUCAGAUCAACCACUUCCCAGAAGAUGCAGACUUUGACCAUGACGGGGCAGAGUACGUCCUACGGGUAGUCAGGGCUUCCAACAUUUUCCCGAUCCUCAGUGCCAUCCUGCUGCUGAUGGGAGGGGUUUGUAUCGCUGCUAGUCGUUUCUAUAAGAGUAAAAGGAACAUCAUCCUGGGGGCGGGAAUUCUCUUUGUGGCUGCAGGUCUGAGUAACAUAAUUGGAGUGAUCGUGUACAUCUCGGCCGCACUGGGGGACAUCUCUCCUAAGAAGGACGAGGAUAAGAAGUGGCAGUACUCCUACGGUUGGUCCUUUUACUUCGGAGGCCUGUCCUUCAUCAUGGCCGAGAUGGUGGGGGUGCUAGCUGUCAACAUCUACAUCGAGAAGAACAAGGAGCUGCGCUGCCGCUCGCGCACCGAUAUUUUCAAGAGCACCACGCACGCCAUGCUCCGCCUGCCCAGCUACCGCUUCCGUCGCCGCUCCCGCUCUUCGUCCCGCUCCACUGACCCUUCCCGCUCCCGAGACCCCUCACCUGUAGGGGGAGGUGGGGGCAAGAACUUUGGCCUGCCCCCCUCUGCGCUGCUCUCCCAGGGCCCCAUUUCAGUAUCCACUUUACCGAACCCCCACUCUCGCUCCCACACGGCCCUGGCUGGAGGUGACAUCUCUCUCUAUACGUUGUCCCGCGACCCCAAACUGGGGGGUUUGCCACCCAUGUAUGGAACGGUGGACAGGGCCACGCUCUACCAGCUCCACAACUGCUUCCCAAAGGAUGGAGGGGGAGGGGGGGUGAUGAUGAGUGGUACACUUCCCUCACUGAAGUCCCACAACCCUUCCAAUUCUUCCAACUCCAACGCGCCGAUGCCCAACUCAGUGGGCUCCGGCCCUCCACCCUUCACCUCAUCCACAGUAGACAGGGAGCGAGGGAUGGGGACUCUGGACAGGCUGAAGGGAGACAGGGAGAGCAACUCUAACACCCUUAAUAGGAAGACGACGCCUGUGUAGAGAAAAGGGUGUGAGAGGUGGAGGCGAGAAGGAAGGGAGAGAAGGAGGCUGGGUCGUAAUGAAAGAAGGAAGAUAGAGAGGUGCACUUUGUUUGUGUGGCUCAACAGGAAAUAGAAAGUCAGUCAGACAGACAGACAGACAGACAGGUGAAAUGCUAAAUCUCUCCCUCCAUGUUCACUGUUAUUUAGUCUGCUCAAUCUCACUGAGAACAAAAAGAAGAAGAGUAAUAACAGAGCGAUAAUAACAACAACAAUGAACUUUCACAAUAAAACUAUUUUGAUAUUUUAACGUGCUAGAAAUGAUUUAUUUUGUUAAUGAUCAAACGCAAUUAACCUUGGGCUAUUAUGAAAAUGUUAAACAUAUUUUUUUGUGCAAUAUUCCUGCUAAUUAACCAGAUCAUCAUUAAUGUAAAAUUGUUGUUGUGAUUAUUCUUAGCGUUAUUACAGGCUAGCCGUAUUUGCAAAACACUAUAGUUUGGAAUGAGAAAUUUUGAUUUUACUUUCACUCUGAUUUUAGAUCUCGACGACUUUUACUGUGAAUUUCUUCCAUGCAGAGCCGCUGGGACUGUCAGUGAGCUGUGUGUAACUGUGUCAAAGUGUCAAGCAUGAGUGUGCACAAUAUGUGGGAGAAUGAGGGCCUGUAUUAUUUUUUUUAACCCCCAUAUGAUAUGAUUUUCAUUUAUAACAUGAAGUCAGAUUUGAAUACUGUAAAUUGUCUUCCAAUAUUGAAAGAAAUGCAACAAUAAUGUGAGUGACUGAGACAAGCGACCAACUUCAUUGUUAUUAUAAGUCUGAGUUUCCUAUGGGCCUCUGUUAGUCUUAUUUCCAUUCUAAUCAGUGUUAACAGUAGUACUUGUAGCUAUAGUCGUGUUGAAGAUGUUUGUUCUUGGGCAUUAACAGAAACCUCUGACUGGAGGAAGAAGAAAAAAAAGAGAAAUAGAAUAUUACAUUUGUACAGAUUCAGGUAAAGGUUACUGCCUGAGCAGAAAAUAAAAAAAACCUAAUCAUUUUUUCUAUGAAGAGUCCCAAAGUGAGACAUGCAACUCAUCAUUUUCAGUGGCAAAAAAAGACAAUAUGUAUAUGUGGGCUCAGAGGGUUUAAAAAAACACUACAGAGAAAAAAUUUUGAAAAGAUACAUGUACAUUGUAAUUUACGCAUACGUAUAUUUGUAAAGUCUAUAGAUACGUUUUUUCGGGACCACUGUUCAAACUGGGUAUGCAUUUUGGGCUGUUUUGUUCCCGGUGCCCCCCUUGGACUCUUGUUAGGUGGUUUCAUCCGCCAGCCCUUCGCCGCCUGCUCCCUGUGUCCCCCCGCCCACAUAUUUGGCCACAUGAUGAGCGUCCCUCAACUUAGUCACAUGAUCAACAACAGAUUGACCACAGAGACGACCCCUUAAACCUCCCCAAAGAUUCUUUUCACUGUGCUUCCCCCCUGUGACCGCUGAGUCUGAACUCUGAUCUGUUUAUGUUGAUGAGAAUGUAAACACAUGUUAACCCCCACCACCCGCCACCACCACCCGUUACUCUGUCUUCUAAACUGUCCCGAGUGACUGCAGAUCCGGGUCGAAACCAUGGACACACCGCUACGUGAUUUAAUGAAGAAGCAAAACAAAACAACCAGACGCUUCCAGAUUCUUUACGUUUUUCGUUUCUUUGAUUUCAUUUCAGAAAAAGAAUAAUGUGAUAAAAAACUGCACACAGAUAGCAUUUAUGUGGGCAAUAUGAAUAGUAUGUAGUUGAGAAUAGAUAUAUCUAGACAAAUGAUUAUGGUUUAUCUAAAUGUGUGAUAAACUUAAACACUGUAUUGCACGAAGUUUAUAAAAAAAACAAUA